AUGCGUCAUUCGCCCUUGUCAUGGCAUCUGCCGCCGCUGCUGCUCAUACUGCUACUGCUGGUGCUGUCGAUAGAUGUCGUCUCGGCCUUCUUCCCUUACAACCCUGUUGCCAAUACCGAUGCUGAUGGUGAUGGUGAUGGCUUGCUGUGGCUGCCUUCGUCCAGAGGGUUAGUGAAAGAACGGUUCUACCCGUACAGUCCAAGCAAGAGCCGGGGCGGCACGGCAUCUCCUCAGAGGGAUGCCAAGGAGCCCAUCAAGUUAGAUAUUAUCAAGGUUCGCGGAAAUGCUCGUCGACAGAAUGUCUUCCAGGUCUUCUCUGCGGAUCCCACGACUCUGCCGCAGAGUCUACCCAUCGAUACCGACAGAUUCGACUACUCUUACUUCUCAGUGAUAUGCAUAACACGGUUUGGCAUCGAGGAUUCCAAUUCCCUUUCGGUCUCGGAUAUCCCCUUCACGGUUUCAUAUGGCUCCGGGACGGUAUCAGGGGUCCUGGUCAAUGAUUCCGUUUCCUUUGGUGGUUUCGAUCUGCCGCAUGUUGGUUUUGGUUCCGUGUUGGAUAUGUCUGACGAGUUCAAGAAUUAUCCCAUGGACGGGAUUUUGGGUCUAGGCCGAGCACCGGCGUAUAAAGUCAAAGUGCCGACGGUUAUGCAAGAGAUAAAGAAGGCCGGAUUGCUGGAGAAAUAUAUCGUCGGUGUCAAUCUACAACGGCACCGGGAUGGGGCCAAGGAUGGCCAGAUUGUCUUCGGAAACGUCGACCCGACUAAAUUUACUGGCGAUAUUUCGUACACCAAAACCGUCCCCGCUGUCGACCAUUGGGAGAUUCCCGUGGAUGAUAUGUUCGUCGGCGGCAAGCCGUUGAAUUUCCAAGGCAGAAAUGGCAUCUUUGACACAGGCACCUCCUUCGUCCUCAUGCCCCUCGCCGACGCGCAACGCAUCCACGAUGCAAUCCCCAAAGCUGUGAAGAGUGCCACAUGGGAAGCAAAUUGGGAUCUCCCCUGUUCGACAACGACGAAAAUCGAACUUGUUGUCUCCGGGGUGAAGUAUAAUAUAUCUCCAAAGGAUUACGUCGGCGAUACCACCACCACAGACGGCAUGUGCCGCUCGAAGAUCGUCGGCCACCAGCCAUUCGAAGACAAUGAGUGGCUGCUGGGCGCCACGUUUUUUAAGAACGUGUACGCUGUCUUUGAUUUCGAUGAAGAUCGGAUUGGAUUGGCGAUGCGGGCGGCUGAAGAUGGUUCCGAUUCUUCCUCACCUACUCAACAACCCCCCACACCCUCAGGCUCUCCACCCGUUUCCCCUGUCGGGCCCCCAAGCGAUUCAAAAACAAAAACCGCCGGAUCCUCUCCAAACUCCCCCGGCUCAUCAGAUGGAGCGCAAGCCAUGAGCCUUUCGUCCGUCGUCCCAUUGUUGUGGUUUUUGCUUGGUUCUCUCCUUUUGCUAUUAUCGACUUUAUCUCCUUGGUAA